AUGAGUCCAAACACGUGUACAGUCAAAUCCGAUAAGCUGGGGUCCUUGACUGGCCUGACCACCAGGACAAAAGACUCCAAACCAGGCAUUCAUUACUACGGAGGUAUCCCAUAUGCGCUACCCCCGACUGGCCCGUGGCGUUUUCGGAGGCCGAGGCCGUUGCCCGCCAGCCAUCGCUAUCAUGGCAGUUACACCGGCCGGAACGCAGCGUGUCCACAGCCGCAGUGGCGGGGCACUCGCAAUGAACAGCUCUGGAACGAGGACUGCCUCCAGCUGAGCAUCUAUGUCCCUGCCGGCCAGCCACCGCCCGGUGGCUGGCCGGUAUACUUCUUCAUUCACGGCGGUUGGUUGCAGUUCGGUGGCCCAAACAUGACUCCGGAGGCCGUCAACCCCCUGAUGACAGAGACCGCAUUCCGUGCCAUCAUGGUCCAACCAGCAUACCGCCUCAAUGCCUUCGGAUUCCUCGCAAGCCACGAGCUCGAAGCCGAUGCUAAUGAGCUCGGCCAGGCAUCUGGAAACAUGGGGUUCUGGGACCAGAGGUUGGCACUGGAGUGGACGCACGCACACAUCAAGGACUUUGGCGGCAAUCCUAACAAGAUCACCGUCGGCGGGUAUUCGGCUGGUGCGCAUAGCACGUUCCAGCAGCUGGCAUAUGAGCUGUAUCACGUUCCCGCGGAGAAGGGCAUCAUCAAGCGUGCCAUCAUGUGGAGCAACAGCCCGGGUAUCCAGCCGAAGGGCCUGCCUGAGCAACAGAAGCAGUUCGACGAGCUGCUCUCCGUGCUCGGGAUUCCACUCUCGCUCCCUCCCAAGGGACGCCUGCGACGCCUGCGAGAAGCCCCGGCCCGGGACAUCAUCGACGCCCAGGCCAAGAUGAAGAUCUCGGAGUUUCGCGCCACCACGGACGGCUCCUUCAUCCCGCCAGACAGCAUGGCACAGAUCAACUCGGGGGAGUUUGCCCGGCGGAUGAAGAGCCGGGGCAUCCAGCUGAUGAACGGCGAAUGCCGCGACGAGCAUUUCCUCUAUAGAGAGUGGCGAACGUCAGAUGAUUCAUACGAAGGCGUCUAUACCAGAUUGUGUGCCGAUUACCCAGAGGCCGUGGUCCAGAAGCUCAUGCGACAUUAUUGCGGAAGGUCCAGGGACCUCCCACGUGGGUACUCCAGUUGGAAGGACCUCUUUGGGCACGCCUACGCUGGCAUGCAAGUCCACUUCUUGGAGCGCGGCUUUCAGAGCAAACUCGCGAACCACCUGCAGCCCGGAAAGGACUUGCUGCGAUACAGGAUUGAAUGGCGAGCCGAGUGCUGUGGCUACCCGCCAGAAUGGGGCGUAACCCACGCGACUGACCAGGCAAUCUGGUUCUGGUACCCGGCCUUGACGGCGGACGACAAGAGGAUCCUCGAGCCCUGGAACAAGGCCUUCGCCCAGUUCGCUAUGUGCGAGGACGUCGAAUGGGGAACGAAGGAAGCCAUUGACAUACGGCGCCUCCGGAGCGAUGGCAAGACUGACGUGGUCAAGGACGAUGCCAACAGCUGGAAAGAAGGUCUUCAUGUCUGGAAACUACUAAACGAAGACACACCUAAAGCCCGUAUCUAA